AUGGCAGAUCCCAUCCCCACCUGGGGGACCACGGGCACAGCAUGGGGGCUCCACAGGUGGUCACCACUGCCCGGCCAGCCAUCACCAACCCUGGAGGACUGGAAAGAGGCCAGCGAGUGGACGUCCUGGUUCAACGUGGACCACCCAGGCGGUGACGGUGACUUCGAGAGCCUGGCUGCCAUCCGCUUCUAUUACGGUCCGGCGCGCGUGUGCCCGCAGCCCCUGGAGCUGGAGGCCCGCACCACAGACUGGGCUCUGCCGGCCACUGUCGGCGAGCGGGUCCACUCGAACCCCGUACGCGGCUUCUGGUGCCUCAACCGGGAGCAACCGCGAGGCCGCCGCUGCUCCAACUACCACGUGCGAUUCCGCUGCCCCCUCGAGGCCGUGUGGGGGGCGUGGGGCCCGUGGGGUCCCUGCUCGGGGAGCUGCGGGCCAGGUCGUCGCUUGCGCCGCCGUAGCUGCCCAGCUGAGGACACAUGCCCAGGGCGUCCGCAGGAAGCACAGAAGUGCGUGCGACCUCAGUGCCCAGGGUGCCAUCCUGACACCUGUGGAUGCCCCAGCCACAUUCUCCUGGGCAUGGUGGUCACCCCAUCUGGGCGACCACUACCAGGAGCCAGGGUCUUCCUGCAAGGUUGGCCAGGCACUGUGGCCACCAGCGAUGUCCACGGAGCCUUCCGGGUACUGGGUAUCUGUGCCAGCAGCCAAGCCAACAUCAGUGCCCAAGUGGACGGCUUCUCUGUAGGCGUGGCCCAGGCCCAAGCCAACGGCUCUAUCUCAGCUGUGGUCACCAUCGUUCUCCAGAAGUUGGAGAAGCCCUACCUGAUGAAGCACCCUGAGUCCCGAGUCCGAGAGGCAGGCCAGAAUGUGACCUUCUGCUGCAAAGCCACAGGCACCCCCACACCCAAGAAAUACUCCUGGUUCCAUAACGGGACCCUGCUGAAUAGGAGAGAGCUUGGGUAUGCGGCCCAACUGGAGCUACGGGGGCUGCACCCCGAGCAGGCGGGCACCUACCACUGUAAAGCCUGGAAUGACGCGGGUGCUGUGCGUUCAGCUACUGCUUGGCUCACCAUGCUGGCCCCAGGCCAGCCAGCCUGUGACCCCCAGCCUACAGAGCACCUGAUCAAGCUCCCAGACGAUUGUGGUCAGCCGGACGGCAGUCCUGCCUACCUGGAUGUGGGCCGCUGUCCCGAUGUGCCCUGCCCUGGCCCCGUGGGCUCCGGCCAGCACUGUGGGGACCCCGACAGCCGCUGCUGCAGCGUUCGGCGCUUGAAGAGCCGGGAUGUCCAAUGCUCAGGCUACGUCCUCCCAGUAAAGGUGGUGGCCGAAUGCAGCUGCCAGAAGUGCCUGCCCCCGAGGGGCCUGGUGCGCGGCCGCGUGGUGGCCGCAGACUCUGGGGAGCCCCUGCGCUUCGCCCGUAUCCUACUGGGCCGAGAGCCCCUCGGCUUCACCUCUUACCAGGGGGACUUCACCAUUGAGGCGCCUCCAUCCCCGGAGCGCCUGGUGCUGACCUUCCUGGAUCCCAGCGGUGAGUUCAUGGACGCUGUCAAGGUUCUGCCCUUUGACCCACGGGGCACUGGUGUGUACCACGAGGUCAAGGCUAUUCGGAAGCCGGUCCCUGUCCUCUUGGAUGGCACUCAGAGCAACAGGAUUCCACUUGGUGGCCUGGGGGAUGAGGACCUCAUGGGCGAGAUUGUCCUUCCCCCAGGGGCCUUCCGUUUCCCCGAUGGACGACCCUACGUGGGUGAUGUGGCGGCCCAGGUGACCUUUGUGGAUCCCCGAGAUCUGGCCUCUGCUGCUGCUGCCCCCACUGACCUGCGCUUUCUGGACCAGGAUGGGGAGCUGGCGCCGCUGCGCACCUACGGCAUGUUCUCGGUGGACCUGCACGCCGCCGGCUCUGGAGAGCUGCUGCACACGGGGCCUGUGGCGGUCCGCGUGGCCGCUGGUCAGAUCCACAUGGCAGGCCACGCGGAGGCGCUGAGGCUGUGGUCGCUGGCGCCGGGCACGGGGCUGUGGGAGGAGGAGAGCGCCUUCCAGGCCGAGGCGCUGGCGGGAUCCCGCGUGCGCCGGGAGGAGCGCGCCUUCCUGGUGGGCAACGUGGAGGUGCGCGAGCGGCGCCUGUUUAACCUGGACGUGCCCGAGCACCGCCGCUGCUUCGUGAAGGUGCGCGUCUAUGCCAACGACAAGUUCGCGCCCAGCGAGCAGGUGGAUGGCGCUGUGGUCACGCUGGUCAAUUUGGAACCUGCCCCGGGCUUCUCGGCCAACCCCCGAGCCUGGGGCCGCUUCGACAGCGCUGUCACCGGCCCCAACGGCGCCUGCCUCCCCGCCUUCUGCGAUGAGGAGCGGCCCGACGCCUACACCGCCCUGGUCACCGCCACCCUGGGGGGCGAGGAGCUGGAGCCAGCGCCCUCCAGGCCCUGGCCGCGCCCGGCCGCGGUGGGCGUCCCCCAGCCCUACCUGGACAGGCUGGGCUACCGGCGCACCGACCACGAAGACCCGGCCCUGAAGCGAAACGGCUUCCGCAUCAACCUGGCCAAGCCCCGGCGCGGCAACCCCGCCGAGGCCCGCGGGCCCGUGUACCCCUGGCGACACCUUCGCGAGUGCCAGGAGGCCCCCGUGAACGCCAGUCACUUCCGCUUCGCGCGGGUGGAGGCGGACAGGUACGAGUACAACGUGGUACCGUUCCGCGAGGGCGCACCUGCCUCCUGGACCAGCGAUUUCCUGGCCUGGUGGCCCAACCCGCAGGAAUUUCGGGCCUGCUUCCUGAAGGUGCGCCUGCAGGGCCCCCAAGAGUACAUGGUCCGCGCGCACAGCGCCGGGGGCAGCCACCCCCGCACUCAGGGCCAGCUCUACGGGCUGCGGGAUGCCCGCAGUGUGCGCGACCCCCAGAGGCCCACCACAUCGGCCGCCUGCGUGGAGUUCAAGUGCAGUGGGAUGCUGUUCGACCAGCAGCAGGCAGACAGGACGCUGGUCACCAUCACGCCCCAGGGGAGCUGCCGCCUUACGGCUGUCAACACCCUGCUGCGUGACUACCUGGCCAGGCACCCCCCGCCUGUGCCAGCAGAUGACCCUGCCACCUUCGCCAUGCUGGCUCCCCUGGACCCCCUGGGACACAACUACGGUGUCUACACGGUCACUGACCAGAGCCCACGGCUGGCCAAGGAGAUCGCCAUCGGCCGAUGCUUUGAUGGCUCUUCCGAUGGCUUCUCAAGGGAGAUGAAGGCCAACACAGGCACGGCGGUCACCUUCCAGUGCCAGGAGCCACCCGCCGGCCGGCCCAGCCUCUUCCAGCGGCUGCUCGAGUCCCCAGCCACAGCUUUGGAUGACAUCCGUCGGGAGAUGGGCAAGGUGGCCCGAGCCCAGGCCCGUGCCACUGGCAGACCCCGUACCCGCCAGGGCAGAGCCCGCGGGCAAUGA